AUGUCUCAAUCAGUGAGCGGCAAGACAGCCAUUGUCACUGGCGCUGGGAGUGGCAUAAACCUUGCCUUUACACAACUCCUCUUGGAUGGAGGUUGCAAUGUUGUUCUAGCUGAUCUGCGGUUACGGCCCGAAGGCCAAAAGGUGGUGGAUGCUUAUACUUCACCAGCAGAGGGUCUUGGCAGAGCGGUGUUCCAAGAAACAGACGUUCGAUCUUGGAAGCAUCUAAAUCGCAUGUUUGAAGUCGCGGAGCGAGAAUUUGGGGGUGUUGAUAUUGUCUGUCCAGGCGCUGGCGUUUAUGAACCGCAAUGGAGCGGCUUCUGGUUCCCACCUGGUUGCCCAGAAAGCAAAGACGACGUCGAAGGUGACGGAUAUGCGCAAAUUGAUGUCAACUUCGUCCAUCCAGUACGCACAAGCCAGCUGGCCGUCGCCAGAUAUCUGAACUCGAAGAAGAAGGGCCCAAAGACUCUAGUCCUGAUCUCCAGCACCAGUGCACAAGGAACAAGCUUCUCCACGCCCAUUUACGAUGCAACAAAACAUGCCAUAAGUGGCUUUGUGCGAUCGAUGAAGCGUAUUGAUACGAUAGGUAUGCGUAUAGUGGCUGUGGCACCGGGCAUCACAAGAACUCCCAUGUACGUUGAAGAUGCCGAGAAGAUUAUUAUGAUUGAUGAUGAACGGGAUGUGUGGAUUGAACCCAAGGAAAUUGCUGCAGUCAUGCUAGCAUUGGUGGAGAAAGACGAAAUCAAUUCACGGUUUGGCGGGACAAAUGACGGAGAGAGCGUUCCAAUUGAGAACGGCACAAUUCUUGAGGUAUCCAAAGGACAUGUAAGAUCUGUUAAGGCUUUCCAUGAUCCUGGACCAACUGCUCCAGGAACAAUCGCUUCUAAUCAUGAUGCAUGCGAUGAAGCUUCCAUGGCUCUGCUUAAAGAGGGUUGGGGGGCGAACUGA